CAAAGUGACUAGUGAAGACUGCGUGCAAUAAAGUUGAUGAAGCAAUUGAUGGGACGAAUAAAUUAACAAAACGUAUCAAGAGAAAUAUACAAAAAAGAUCCCCAAAAAAGAAACCGUUGCCUCUAGAAGAUUGAAAAAUAUUCCGGACUUGAAGCGAAUUCUGGCUAUCCGAAAAUUGCUGAAGAAAGUGUGACCCCACUCUGCAAAGGUUCAAGACGCCAAAUAAGGAUUUUACUCUUGUGGAGAUCAACUCGAGUUUUUCAUUUCUUUGUCCUCCUCUUGAGCCCAGAGCCGAGGGGGAGGCAAAGCCGUGGCGUCUGCGGGAAUGAAGUACAGCUACCAGUACCCGGUGUCACAGUACACACGCGCAAACACACAUUCACACUACACUGUCACUCAUUACACACCUUCACUUUACUCCAGCAGCUCAUACUCACCCAGCAUCUUCAGUUCCACCAAAUACAGCCCUACUUCACUCAGUUCUCCAUCAUACUACACCCCACCAUCUUACACACCUGCAUACAAGCCCACCUUCACUUACACCUCUGUCAACGGCAAGGCAGCAAGGCAUAACAGCUCUCCCAGGACAAGUGUACAGUAUACUCCUACUGUAGCACUCAAGCCCGCCCGGGCAGUGCGCUUCACGAACGAUGUUGUAUUCCAGGAUUUAGUCCGUCACAGUGAGCUAGAACAGAUUGGUCGGUUUUUGAGGGCGAGGAAAGUACGUCUGGAUACUAUCUUCCAUUCUGGAAUGGCAGCGCUCCAUGAAGCAGUGCUCUCUGGGAACUUGGAGUGUGUGAAGCUCUUGAUCAAGUAUGGAGCUGAUGUUCAUCAGAGGGAUGAGAAUGGCUGGACACCACUGCACAUUGCGUGCAGCGAUGGAUUCCCUGAGAUUGCACAGUACCUUCUUUCUCUGGGUGCCAGUAUAGAGGCAGAGAAUGAAAAUGGGGAGAAACCAGCAGACCUUAUUGACCCAGACUGCAAAGAACUGGUCAAACUGUUCGAAACAGGCUGUGUUUGAGGGCCGACCAGCAGUUCAACUUUUAAAGGACAUUCAAAUCACUCUUUUGAGCUUAUCAUUUUGUGUGGUUGAAUGUUCUCUUGAAAAAUCUGUUCUUUAUUUUUAGUUCUUUUUUGACACAUGGAUUGCAGUUUGCAGUAUAAGGUUACAGAAAAACACCAAACCACACACCUAAGAUUGAUUUUAAAAUGAACGUGAAAGAUUUUACUUUUGUAAUCUGGCGUAUUUCUGAGGGAAACUGGAUAUUCAAAGAAAAUAAAAUGUUGGAUGGGACUGAAUUUUAUCCACUAGGACUUGGAGAGGGAAAAAUGGAUGUUACAUGCCAGAAUGGAGCCAGGUUGUUCAAGAGGAGGAAUUGAGAAGUAAAAAGGAUUUGUUUUGGAGAUGGAGCAAGUUAUUUUGUUUUGAAAAAAGAUUAUGAAGACCAAUAGAUGUUUUCUUUCAAAUAUUGACAUGCAGCCCAGUUGUGCCAUUUCACCUGUGUUCAUUUUCGCUUGGUUUCUCUGCAGCAUUUAUCGUAUACCAGGGGUCCCCUUGACAUGCUCACUAUUAAUAUUAUUUUCACAAUUCUGUUUUAGAUUAGAAAAGUAAUCUAUUAUAUUAAAAGUGAUACAGUCCAGUUGAUGCAAAGCAAUGCUUGAUGAGUAAAGCACAUAGCAGAAUGGAACAGUGCAUUUUGGUGAUGUGUUACACGGACGUAGUUUGGCACAACUUUGUGUUUCCUGUCUGCUGGGCAGCAGGAGAGCACAUUGGAAAGAUCUGCCAUCUGACUUGCAUAUGAAGAAAGACUGUGUGUUAGUGCAUUAUUGUUGAAAGUAAAGGCACUACAGACAUUUUCAAUGUCUCUUGUUAAAGUCUUAUCUUUCACCUAUUUUUUACAAUGUUUUCAUAAAUAA